AUGCGUCACAAUGGUUCUAUUAUCAUUGAAAAGGUACAAUAUGGUGAUGCUGGGAUGUACACCUGCCAGGCAGAAAACGUAAAUGAUAAAGUAACAGCUAAAGCCACUUUCAAAGUCAUGGUUGCACCUGCGUGUACCCAUGUGCCAAGGGAUCAAACAGUUAUCAUUGGCGAUACAACCAUAUUCAGACGCACGGGAAGGGGAGAUCCAAAACCCAUUAUAACCUGGCUGACUGAGUUCCCUAACGCCCCGGCAAGAGAUGUCCGCGCGGCCGAAAUAUACGAACGGGCAUUGGAAAAUGUUCGACAGUUCGCCCAAUCCGGGUGC